CCAUGCCUUUGCUGCUGGCUGCAAACAAGUUUCAGUCAGGUUUUUGGUCUCAGUUGCUGCACACGCCACAAGCCAGACAAGCGUCUGUGGCAGACACAACUACGUUUAAAGCAAUUAUUAGCGACUUUAAAGAAAACUUAGGAGCACUUGGAAUGAUGACGCAGACGCGGAUACUACUGCUUUUCCUGCUAUCGCUCUGCAUCGGGCAGCUGCAGGCCGCGCCCAUCAUCUGCGGAUCAGAUGCCCAGGCCAGUGUCAAGUCGACUGACGCCGCCGAGGUGACACCCAAGCCCAACGAGGUGAAUCAGUUUCUGCACAAUGUGCAGUGCACUCUGGAAAAAGCCAAGCCCUGGAUCGACGACCUGGAGACGGAGGCCAAGCGCCUGGAGGAGACAGCCAAGCGCGUCGGCCUAAGCAUCGUGACUCGCUUUGGCGAUCUCAUAGACACGCUGCUCGGCACAGUUGGCGACAGGAAGCGCAUAGCUAGCGCUGAUUCCGCUAAGAUCACGACCCCAGCCACGCCCAGCGAAAACCCAGAGCGAGACGUGGUACCGGCUACCGAUUUGGAGCUUGGACAGGUGACGCAUUCCACAGAAUCGCCAACAAAUGGCCUCGCUCCCAAUGAGGCGGAGAAUGAAAUUACAAAUGUUGAGCCACUCAAGUAGACGCGCCUGCCCCAGCGAAUUUAUUUAUACCUAUAGUAUAUACCCAUAUAUUUAUUUAUCUAGUUUUAGAUUACCGCUAAUGAAAUGUACUCGUAGUCUUGGAUGUCAUACGGUGUGAAUCACAAACAAUAACAUGAUUUUUUUUUUGAUAAACGAAAAAUAAAGAGCGAU